AUGGGCGAAUAUUAACAUGUUAAUUGGAAUAGAAAAUCGAAAUUGAGAAAAGAUGGAGUGAGUGGAAAUGGAGGAGGUGGUAUCUGUAUCACUAUGAGUCGAAGAAGAAGAGAUAGAGCAGCAGAAGAAAAAGAACCUUCUCCUCAACCUACAUCAUUUCCAUUUUCCAAUUUGAGUUAGUUAAUUAAUUAUACUAUUUUGACCCUUUCAAACCCUAACGUCACAUCAAUUCCCAAUUGAAUGCUGUAGCAGCUACCUGAGUCUAUCAAUGGCUUCAUCCGAGAUCCAGGUUGUAUCAUCGGAGUCCAAGCCCCAACAAGACCACCAACCUCCAAUACUCGAUGUUUUCACUGCUUCUGCUCAUGGCGACUUUCAAAAAUUGAGGACUUUCGUUGAACAACACGCUGCUUCUGUUUCUGUUUCCGAUGUUAAUGGCUAUUAUGCUCUUCAAUGGGCAUCUCUCAAUAACUUCCACGAAAUUGUCCACUAUCUCAUUCAGCAUGGGGCUAAUGUCAAUGCUAAAGACAACAUGCAACAAACGGCUUUGCAUUGGGCAGCAGUUCGUGGUUCAAUUGCAGCUGCUGACGUGCUCUUGGAGAAUGGUGCUCGGGUUGAAGCCGCUGAUAUAAAUGGAUACCGGGCAGUUCACGUUGCUGCACAAUAUGGGCAGACUGCUUUCUUGAAUCACAUUGUUGUAAAAUACCAUGCCGAUUUUGACGUGCCUGAUAAUGACGGAAGGAGUCCCCUACAUUGGGCUGCGUAUAAGGGAUAUGCUGAUACAAUAAGAUUGCUUCUAUUUAGAGAUGCAAGUCAAGGAAGACAAGAUAAAGAUGGUUGUACGCCGUUGCAUUGGGCUGCAUUAAGAGGACAUUCAGAGGCGUGCGCUGUGCUUGUGCAUGCUGGGACGAAGGAAGAAUUGAUGGUGAAGGACAAUGCAGGAUUCACUCCUGUACAAAUAGCACAUGAUAAAGGUCAUCGACAUGUCGCCCCUUUCCUUUCUAAUCAACAACGGGCUCAUAAUCACUGGAGAGGCAAACUUUAUUGUGGGGUGGUGACAGACAUUGGUUAUGCUCCCAUUUUAUUGUGUAUUAUAGUAUUUCUCUCGAUCCUCUUCAUCAAUUCAAUUGUUGCAGCUCCUAACCUUAAAAAGAUUACCGCUGUUGUUGGACUUUGGUCAUGGAUAGCUCUCUCUCUAGUAGCUGCUUCCUUGAUUAUGUUUUAUAGGUGUAGUAGUAAAGAUCCAGGUUAUAUAAAACGGCCAGGAGACUUGGGAUCUCUAAGCGAUGCAGAGGAUCCUUUGUUGAAUAUUGAGCUGAACAGUUCCUCUGUUUGGAUGGGAAAUUGGUCUCAACUUUGCCCUACCUGCAAGAUAAUAAGACCUGUCCGAUCUAAGCAUUGCCCUACUUGUAAGCGUUGUGUGGAACAGUUUGACCACCAUUGUCCAUGGAUAUCUAAUUGUGUUGGGAAGAAGAACAAAAGGGAUUUCUUUAUUUUUAUUUGCCUGGGAACUAUGACUUCUCUUGUCAGUGGCGCCGUUGCUAUUCAAAGAGCGUGGACAUCAAUACCAGCAUUACCAGCAGGAGAAACAUGGAUCCAUCAGGUGUUAGUAAACCAUCCAGGUCUUGUUGCAUUUUUGGUGAUGGAUGCUGUUGUCGUCAUUGCAGCUACAACUUUGACAGUAACACAGAUUUCCAUGAUAGCACGAAAUGUGACCACAAAUGAACUAGCGAAUUCCACAAGGUAUGAGUAUCUUCGUGGUCCAGAUGGGCGGUUCAGAAACCCAUAUAAUCAUGGUUGUUGGAAGAAUUGUGCUGAUUUUGUCUUUCUGGGCCACACAGAUGAUGAUGGUAUUGCUUGGCCACCAUUACAGCAGGUGGCUUCUUAGAACAAUCUCCCUCGCUAUGUCCAUACAUCCUUUGUUAUAUUAUUAUUAUUAUUGAUUCAUAUUUCACAGUCACGUGAAGGCUGUUCAUUUACUGAUACAUGUACAUUGGAUUACAGCACAGAGAAAUAAAACAUUUUUUGGGUUCUUUAGAGAACACAUUAUCUGAUACACUGCA